UCCUGCCCGGCCGGCCGGCCGGCGGAAGCCGACGCUGACGAGCUCCGGCCCGAGGACAGCGCCGGCUGCGAGCCACCUGCAGGCAUGACACUGGCGGCAGCGGCGCUUCGGCCCCUAUUCCGGGCACCCGCCAUCCGUACCCACUUGUCCUCCAGCAUUCCGUGUCUUCGUAAGGCGAUGAGCAGAAAUAUAUCAUCAAGAAGGAAAACUGAUCAUCUAGAAAGAACAAUCAACAACUUUCGCCAAGAGAUGGUUGCUGAAGCAAAAGUCUGUGGGAUAGUUUAUGAAUCUGAAACAGUUAAGAGACUACGCCUUCUUGUGAUGAGCAAAGAUUUCACCUUCAAAGCAGGACAGUGGGUAGACUUCUUUAUCCCUGGCAUAUCAAAAGUUGGUGGUUUUUCAAUCUGUUCAAGUCCGGGGCUGUUGGAGAGGGAGAGUGUGGUGGAAUUAGCAGUGAAAUACAGCAAGCAUCCUCCUGCCCACUGGAUUCAUACACAGUGCGACAUUGGUUCAGAGGUAACACUUCGUGCCGGGGGUGAUUUCUUCUUUGACCCUCAGCCUUCUGAUGCUCCGGUGGAUCUGUUGUUGGUUGCAGGUGGUGUGGGCAUUAAUCCCUUGUACUCUAUACUCUUGCACAUUGCUGAUCUCCACAGAUUCCAAGAAAUGGAGCAUUGUAAAUACAAACCUGGUUCAGUACAACUAUAUUUCAGUGCUAAGAACACAGAGGAACUUCUUUUCAAGAGAAACAUCAUAAACCUAGCAAAUGAGUUUUGUGGAAAAAUCAGCUGUCAUUUUCAUGUGACACAACAGAUUUCUGAAAUACCUGAAGAAAUACUGCCUUAUGUAACUGUUGGAAGAAUAUCUGAAGAUACCCUGGCACAUGUGUCAAAAGAUAAUCUCUGCUAUAUUUGUGGUCCACCUCCAAUGAUAGAGUCUGUUUCUCAACAGCUAGAAAAGCUUGGUGUUCCUAAAGAGAGUAUAAUUUUCGAGAAGUGGUGGUAGUGAGAGUCUAAAGGCAAUUAAUCUCAUUCUGGUAAUCCAGCAGCAUUUUAUUACUUUGGUAUGCACAUUAUUCUCAGGUGACUUGUGCUUGGGUUUAAUUCCCAGUUUAAAAAUACUGCACAAUGCAGAAAUUUAAGUUUGAGGUGUUAUUCCAAUAGCGAAUGUAUCCAAAUAUGUCAUGUAAUCAACUGCCAUUGCAUUGUUUCUAUGAAAAUUCUGAAAUUGUACAGUUUUUGUACUUUUUGGCACAAACUAUGGAAAAAUAAUAACUUUUAUAAUAGCUUUAAUUAAACUGCCCCCACUAUCUUCAUGUCAGGCUAAAUCAAUUUUCUGGACCUGUCUAUAAUACCAUAUUCAAGGAACUCCAUCUCAGUCAACUCCCAAAUGCAAUACAACCAUAGAAGUACAAGUUUGCUUGCAGAGCAUUAUAUGAUGUCAAUCAGGUUGCAUAUGAAUAAUUCUAGCAAGUGUUGCAUUUGGAAUCUUUUUUAAUACUAAAAUACAAAUGUACUAAAAAUUACAACACAAAAGGAAGGCAUUUGUCCCAUCAUAUCCGAACCCUGUAGGAAAAUAACUACCAAAGUUAUUUCCAUCUUUCAAUAAAAUAAUAGAUAAUUGAAACUAGCCAUGGAACCAAUAUUUUCAUAACUUUCCUUAAGUUCAAUAUCAGUAGUUCACUCAUUCUUAUUGUACAGUAUAAGGUUUUAUUCUGAGUGUGAAUUAAAUAUCUGAAAUAUUAUUGGUUUUUAAUAAAAUACAAAGGGCAUCUAUGUCUCAUCAUAUUGCACCACUAUAAGUAACUGUGCCUGUAAUUCAUGCUUAUGAAACUUCCUUUUAUUAUGGGCACAGGUAUAGAUACCUUGUAUAAUAUAUUUAGGUGUAUACUUUUGCAAUAAUUAUAUUUUCUGUUCAGUAUUUAAGUAAUUUAUCAUGAACUUACAGAUCCAUUUCUAUAUGGUAUGUCAUUGAAUGUUAUUUCCCUUUGUAAUUGUUUUAUAGAAUAAAAUACUGACAUGUCUUGUGAUCAUAUAGAAUUGUGAUGUCAUAAGGGGGUAUCUCUUUGGCAAAAAGAAAAUUGAAUGCCUGUGUCUGCUAUAAUAAAUUACUUAGAUUGUU